AUGUCUGAACCAACUCCAGAAUCAAACCAUAACUUUAAGAAAACAACAACUGCCCGUGAAGGCCGUGAAAACCAAGUUUACUCUGAAAAGGGUGCCCGUGUUGUCGCUGGAACUGUCAUUGUUGAUAGUGCAAACAAAAAGGUCCUUCUCGUUUCUUCUACCUCCCAUCGCGACAAGUUCAUUCUACCUAAAGGCGGCGUCGAAAAAGAUGAAAUCAAUGACUACGCUGCUACCGCAUUGCGUGAGACUUGGGAAGAAGCCGGCGUCACUGGAACCCUCGGCAUAAAACUCGGCCCACCCAUCCUGAAAUUGAUCACUCACCCAAAAAUUCUUGCCGAGCUCCCAGAACCAAAAGCAUUCCCUUAUACCGAGUUCCACUUCUACGAGCUCGAGUUUGGCAAAUUGGAACCUGUUUGGCCUGAAGGUGAUAAGCGUGAUCGUGUCUGGGCAGAUCCCGAAGAAGCCGUGCGCCUUCUUACCAAAAGUGAUCGCCCUGAAAUGGUUGAAGCUCUCGAACGAAGCUCUCUGUUUAAAGCAUAA